ACUGUUUGCGGUUAAGAAUGAAGUUGGCGUGUAGCUAUCAACCCUUCCUCUGCCUUCUUUCUUUCAACAACACGACCACAAAACAAAAGCAACAAUGGCUCUCCCUUUGAGAGUCGCAACUGCUGCUUCUGUUUCACGCAAUUCAAUGCCCAAAAACCCAACGUUCUUUUCACUUCCAUAUUUCAACUGCACUCUCAAAUUCCACAACUCACCUUCUCUUAAUCCACGCCCCAACGCUCUUCCCACGCGGCCUCACCACUACAUUCGAGUCAUCAGCGAGGCAACUGUGGAACCUGAAAUUUCUAAGAAGCAAAAGAAUGAUUCACCAAAAGAUUGGAAAAUUAAAAUGCUCUAUGAUGGAGAUUGUCCCCUCUGCAUGCGCGAGGUGAAUAUGCUAAGAGAGAGAAAUAGGAGUUACGGCACAAUCAAGUUUGUUGAUAUAGGUUCUGAUGAUUACUCUCCCGACGAGAAUCAAAACAUUGACUACGAAACCGCUAUGGGAAGAAUUCAUGCUAUUCUCUCAGAUGGAACUGUGGUUACAGAUGUUGAGGCGUUUAGGAGAUUAUAUGAACAUGUUGGUCUUGGUUGGGUUUAUGCAAUUACAAAAUAUGAACCAAUUGCUAAAAUUGCUGAUUCUGUAUAUGGUGUAUGGGCUAAGUACCGACUUCAAAUUACAGGACGGCAGCCUAUUGAAGAAAUAUUAGAAGCUCGAAAGAAGAAGGGUGAAUUAUGCAAAGACAGCAAUGCUUGCAAGAUGUAAAUUUCCUUAAUAUCAGAUUCCAAAUUGCUCGUUAUGCGAUUUGUUUCCAAAUUUGGUCGUCAUCCUCUGAAGCAGGGUUUUAUAUGAUCUCAUUUACAAAAAGAAGCCAACAUAGAUUAGUCUCGCAACAUUUUCCGUCUGUCAGCAAAUGCAAUUGACUAACGUUUAAAUUUUGCCUCAAUGCAUCUGGCAUAGAAACAGUAGUGUAAAUAAAAUACAUUUGUAUUUACCCUGUACUCUCCAUUAAGUCUUAGCAGACUGUUCAAGAUUGUACAAGUUACAUGACACCAGCAUCUGUGCUAUGGUGUACUUAUCAGUUAUCACAACAGACUUGGCAGGGACAAAUUGAGAAGUUUAUUUUGUCUAAACAUACAUACUUGUAUAUGUACUUACUGAAGGUGGAAGAUAGUGUUUUACUGUUGGAGAUUCCCUUAUCUCUACCAGUAGAAUCAUUUAUAUUUACCCA